GAGAAGCGAUCGCGAGAAAAAAAAAUGCAACCUCCCAAAAUAAAGAGCAAAGAUUGCAUUAGGAGCGAACAGCGCUGCAGAAAUAGAUGGCAGCUUCGUGUCAGUGAGUUUGCAUCCCCCUUCCUGAUCCACGAGCUGGAGUGAUUAGAGCCCUGGAAGGGAAUUGUUACUCCCGUGGAGAAGUCCCCUUUUCCUGGCAGUCGUCUGCACUGUACACGCUGGAUGCCUCUCUCCCUCCACCCCACUCACUCUCUCCUCUCUUACCUCCUCUCUCCCUCUCCUGCAUUGAUUUUUUUUCCUUUUUAGUUGACUGAAACAAAACAAAACAAAAGGGCCACUGGAUGUCUGCCUUCUUGGGGGGUGAGCCAGACAGACUGACAAACAAACAGACCCAACUGUGUUCGGGGGAGGGUUUCGCCUCCCGUUUUGCCCGGCAGCAGCAGCAUGGACGUGUUGGCUAGUUAUAGUAUAUUCCAGGAGCUACAACUUGUCCACGACACCGGCUACUUCUCAGCUUUGCCAUCCCUGGAGGAGACCUGGCAGCAGACAUGCCUUGAAUUGGAACGCUACCUACAGACGGAGCCCAGGAGGAUCUCGGAGACCUUUGGCGAGGACUUGGACUGCUUCCUGCAUGCGUCUCCUCCCCCGUGCAUUGAGGAGAGCUUCCGGCGCUUGGACCCCCUGCUGCUCCCCGUGGAAGCGACCAUCUGUGAGAAGAGCUCAGCAGUGGACAUUCUGCUCUCUCGGGACAAGUUGCUCUCUGAGACCUGCCUCAGCCUCCAGCCAACCAGCUCUUCUCUGGACAGCUACACAGCCGUCAACCAGGCCCAGCUCAACGCAGUGACCUCAUUAACGCCCCCAUCAUCCCCUGAGCUCAGCCGCCAUCUGGUCAAAACCUCACAGACUCUCUCUGCCGUGGAUGGCACGGUGACGUUGAAACUGGUGGCCAAGAAGGCCACACUCAGCUCUGUGAAGGUGGGAGGGGUCGCAACAGCAGCGGCGGCCGUGGCAGCAGCUGGGACUGUUAAGACUGGACAGAGCGACAGUGACCAAGGAGGGCUAGGGGCAGAAGCAUGCCCUGAAAACAAGAAGAGGGUUCACCGCUGUCAGUUUAACGGGUGCCGGAAAGUUUAUACAAAAAGCUCCCACUUAAAGGCCCACCAGAGGACUCACACAGGUGAGAAGCCUUACAAGUGCUCAUGGGAGGGAUGUGAGUGGCGUUUCGCACGAAGCGAUGAGCUCACGAGGCACUACAGGAAACACACAGGGGCAAAGCCCUUUAAAUGCAACCACUGCGACAGGUGUUUUUCCAGGUCUGACCAUCUUGCCCUCCACAUGAAGAGACAUAUCUAAAAAAGUCAAGGCCGGAGUUGCCAUGGCGUCAGCCAGUGUCUGAAGGAAAUGCCGUGAGCAGGGGGCUGGACUUCAGGCGGGCACCCAUUGCCUCGCAGAAGAAAGUUCUCACUUAUAAACCUCUGUGUACACACACACAUACAUCCACGCUCACAUGCAGACCCCCCAGACACACACACUGUCAUGCACUCAACUAUAUUUAAAAUAUAUACGUCUAUUCUUUAUGCCUUGCCCUAGCCAGAUGGUAGAAGAUGAAGAAGGAAACCAGGUGAACUCAGCAAGGCAGACUGGCUGCUUACUUCAGCACUAUUGGAAUUAUUUCCCGCUGUUGCCAAUGGAAAGCAAAGGAAGUGGAUGUGACGUCUCUGCAGGUGGACGGCAGUCCGAGGGGCUUAUUUAACUUGCUUCUCGGUGCAACUUGAUAGGAGAAUCCAGCGUCUUACAGUUGCAUAUGUGUAGCACUAAUGUUUCUUUUUAAAUAGUUGGGGGAAAAUGACCUAGAAAACCAAAUUGCAGUUUGGUAGCCAAAAUUAACUCUUGGUUUAUUUGUCCUUUGUGUGUGAAAAGUCCUCCUAUUCCAUGCGUCAGACUUCCUCGAGGAACUGUUGAGUGGUUUCGGUUCUUCUUAGAUUGAGAUCUUUCGCGUCGAUCCCAACGGCCUUAGCGGCGGCAGACUCUGGAAUAACACCUUAUACCUUUCUGGCCUGCAUUUCUCUAGACUUCACUCUCACGGGAGGAGUUUUUCUUUUCUUACUUUUUGACUCUUGCACACCAUAUGCACUAGGGAUUCUGGAAACUUCUAGCAUGACUGCAAAGUGGCCAAGAGAAUAAAGUCCUUGAUGAUAAAUCACAGUAUAUCCCUUGAGCCUCACCUUAUUGCCAGUGCUAGAUUUUUUCUUUUUAAUCUCUCUGUUUUUGCUAACGAAAACUUGAAAAGCUUAUUUGGAAGCUUAGAUGUUUUAUCUUUUCUCCAUGGACUAAACCUCUCCAGGACUCUCCCGUCACCUGGAUGUCCAGCUCUCGAAGCAGCCGAUCAGAUGGGACAUCACAGUUCUCUCGUCCUCCCUGAGGCAUGAUGACCUCAGCUCGUGGUGAUCAGCCACCGUGCUGUGUGUCAUCGCUACCCUGUAACCAGUUACGGCGUAGAUGUCGCUAAUGUCAGAGGGCAGCUGCGUAUUUAAUCUAACUCUGGGUUAUGACCUGACAAAAAGCCAAAAAUAUCACUCUUUCCAGGAGUGGGGAAUACUGAGGAUGCCUCCAAGUCUAGUGGCUUCACAAAACAUCACCCAAUCUUCCUCUUUCAUACCCACUGAGCUCACAUUACCCCACUUGUUACAGUACACAAUUCAAAAAUGCCAUUGUGGGAUCGAAGGGUUGACAUUUAAGGAAAGGGUUGAGGUGUUUCUCUCAUGGGCUGUCUAAAAGGAGAGACAUGUUUCUGAUUUUUUUUUUUUUUAAAGUUUUUUGGCUAGGCUCACCAUGACUCGUGACCUAGAACACCCAGGAUCAAGAGAGGCCUCAUAUGCACUCUGCAAGCUGACUCCACGGGGGUCUACAGUCCUUGUCAUACCACACUCACACCCAGUACUGGUCUCUACCCGCAUUCCUAGCUAGCUGGCACUGGCCUCAACUCCAAAGACUGCCUUUAGGACCAUCAAAUGGCCUAUGCAAGCAAGCGGGGUGGUUAUUAGGACAGAUUGUAUAUUUUGUAUAUUUUCUGGGACCAUCCCUUCAAGACACGUCUAAAAAACAAAAAUGGCAUUUGGUCCGCACAUGGUUGCUGCUCCUCCCACCAGCUGGCUCCCCUCCUGUCCUCCUCUGACUGUUUGACUCAUUGACUGUUAAAAUGCCACCCCAUACAUAUUUGGGAUGCAAAACUGAAGUCUUUAAAAGGAAAUAAUCAUAUAAGAAACACAAAUACAUAUAUGACAGCAACCUUCAAGAUCUUUGGCCUUUGGGUUUUCAGCUUUGUGCAACCUUUGCUUUUCACUGAAAUGUUGAAACUACUCGUCUGAGGGUAAAGGAACCUCCUUAUCACUAAUGCUGUAGCUGCCAAUUGGACACUUGGGGCAUUUUGAGGUCUGGCCCUAAGAAUUUUCUUUCCCUUUGUUCCUUUUUCCAAUUUAGACCAAAAAACAAAAAACAAACAAACAAAAAAAAAAAACAAAAAACAAAAACAACAAAAAAACAAAAAAAGAACAAAAAAUAAAUAAAAAAAGAAAAGGAAAAAGAAAAAACACCCCAAACACACACACAUAAAAAGUCAGUCCAUUUGUCAGAGGCAAUUAUGUAUAUGUUAGUUGGAGGUUAUUAAAAAAAAAAAAUCCGUUUUAUUCCAAAGAUUUAAAACUAGACAUGACUUAGAAACAAUUUCUGGAGCACUGCUCGCUGACAAUCUCGUAGUUCUCUACUGCAUUUGAGUGCAUUUUGUGGCCAGUCCAUCAGGGCGUACCAUGGAAUUCUAUUUGAAUGUGUGGUACAUCCUUCCUGGAUGAAGGAUGUGUGAGGAACUUGAACCUCAGCUGUAUUAAACUGUAGCGCCUCCAGUCAGUGCACUAGAUGAAACUUUAGAUACCCCACAUUUUGUUGGUUCAUUUCUUUUCCUUUCUAUAGCAGCUUCCAGCAUGAAUGCACGCACACACCAGUGAUGGCAUUAAGCCGUGGCUGCCACGAUUUGCAAAUGUUCUCUCCCAAGCUGGAGCUGCUCUUGCCUCUCAAAAUGCUAUUAUUAAGGGUUUAUAAUACUUAAUUUAAUUUUUGAACUGACCAAUGCAAGGCUCUAUUAAAAAGAACGUU